UGAAACACGCAUCUUUUGCGUUCAAGGAGUAGAUAGGUUUGCUCGUGAGCUGAGCGCAUACAGCCCUCCGUUUCUUCCUGUCAUUCUUGUCAACAGUGGACACGCGACACAACAGAGCUCCUUCCUAACAGCACCUUCCGUACCAUCCGCUGACUGUGGGGUCGCAAACGCCUGUCAUCUUUACUCACCACCAUCAGCAUUUCUUAUUUCUCUUGAAUUGUCGUCUGAUUCAAAAACCAUUCUUGCGGUGUUGUUGCUCGCAUGGACGCCUUACGGAACUUGAAGCUGCCCUUUUCGAGUAAGCCGCUGCCUGCAAAAGUAGUCAUAUCCUACUUUCUGGAUUAUGUGAUUAUUGUUAUUCUAGCGAUACUGUUUCUUGCAAUUGACAAAGUCAACGGAUUCCGACAACACUUUGCACUUCAAAACUACACACUCCAAUACCCAUAUGCGGUCCACGAGCGAGUUCCGGCAGGAAUAUGCUAUGUCAUCGUUGUCAUGUGUCCCGCGGCCAUAAUCUGCUUCUGGACGCUCGUCAUCGACGGCCUUUUUGCUCAUUCACAACCCACCGACAAUGAGGGUACGGGCCGAAGACUUGGGCGCUAUAGACUCGUGGACAGACUGUGGGAACUCAAUUGUGGCAUCCUAGGCUUGGCCCUAUCGGAAGGCACUGCGUUUGUCAUCACAGGCGCACUCAAGAAUACGGUGGGCAAGCCACGACCCGAUCUUAUCGACAGGUGCCAACCGAGGGCCGGAUCGGUGGAUCCAUCACCAUAUGGUCUUUCAAACUCCACUAUCUGCACUCAGACCGACAUGAGCAUCCUAAGAGAUGGCUUCAGAAGUUUUCCUUCAGGUCAUUCGAGCAGCUCAUUUGCUGGACUCUUCUACUUGUCGUUAUACCUGGCAGCCAAGCUCCACAUCUGGGACUCGAGAGGUGAAGUAUGGAAGAUUUUCGUUGUCAUGAUCCCAACCCUUGGCGCCGCUUUGAUUGCAGCUAGCAGAAUCAUGGACGCGAGGCACCACCCCUUCGACGUGAUCACUGGCAGCAUGCUUGGUAUAGCAUGCGCCUGGCUAGCUUACCGCCAAUACUUCCCACCAGUCAGCGAGACAUGGCGCAAAGGCCGUGCAUAUCCCAUCAGGACCUGGGGACAGGAAACGGCACCGCCAGCAUCGAUAUCAACGGCAUAUGAGCCGUAUGGCAGACAGGAAACGGAAAUGCAAGCACCAUCGCAAAGAAGACACACGCAGCACUCAAAACACCCUGGCUCAGAUAGCCAAGCAAUGCUGGCGACGCAUGCAGCGCCGUUGCCUUCUGGGGGAUUGGCUGGCACGGCGGCAGAUAGACGGCGUGACGAGUGGGACGCGUCUUCAACCGAAGAGGAUGAAUUCGAGUUGCAGCAGCAGCCUAGAUAUCCUCCGGGAGCGGUGAUGGGAGAGUCGACAGCGUACCUGCCUCGUGCGCACAUGGGCACGACAUCGGACCAGGUGUAAAAACUUGGGAGCUAUUGGGCGACGCGGCCGGCGGCAUGUCAUACGCAUCACGAGUAAGGGUUUUUGGAUCAGGUAAGGUAGGAUAAGGCGUAAGGCUGAGGACGACAGUCGAUAAAAGCGAGACGAAUACAACGUGCAUACAUCACUCACCAACGUAGUAUCUUAUCACGAC